CCUAGGUCGCUGUACUGAGCUACUGGAGCGUGCAAGAAUCUCGCCAGCGCUGUUGCAUACACGCCUCGUCCACAGGCACUUGCAACUUCCCUGCAGCAGCCGAGCAAGGGGGAGAGGAAAGGACGAGGAGGGGGAAGGCGGAAACUCUCGAGUGCUCCAUUGUGAUCAAGCGAAGAACCUGUGACGAGAUGGCGGAAAAACGGCGAUUUCAGCAAGAAGAGUCAAAAGACAUGACGUCAGCAGUUUUCCGAGGUCCGAACAGUAUAGACAAUCUCCAACCAGGUCUCAAUCGCUGUCUGGACGCGUUCGUUGUUGCUCUGAACCAGAGCUGUGACGGGAAGAAAUGGUAUACAUCGAUAGCUGGCCUCCAGCUAGCAUCGUUGGCGUUCUGCGUGGCAUGCCGGAAUGUUCUCGCACCAUGCCUGACGGUGGACAAGGGUACGCCGCUUCGUCUAUGGUGUGGGCCUUGUACCACACCACUCGAGGUUCUUACAACUGUGACGCGCGUGCCGGCCAUUCGAGUGCGUGAGGUUGUGUGGAAGUUAACCGAACGUAAAGACGGCAUCGCCCUGCCGUCGUCGUUGCGCCGCAUAACGUUUGGGAGAGAUUUCAACCAGAGGAUUGACAGGGGCUUCUUGCCUGCGUCCGUGGAGGAAAUUGUCUUCGGUAACGCCUUCGACCAGCCAGUCAACGGAGUUCGGUGGCCCACUUCCCUCCGAAAACUUGUUUUCGGCAAUGCGUUCAACCAGCCAGUGGACGAAGGAGUGUGGCCAGUGUCGCUACAAGAGCUGGUGUUUGGUGGGGAAUUCAAUCAGUCACUUGACGGAGGUGCACUGCCCACGUCACUGCGCCGCUUAACGCUUGGGUUUCGUUUCAACCAGAGAAUGGACGAGGUCCUUUUACCUGCUUCCGUGGAGAACAUCGUCUUCGGCAUCUGCUUCAAUCAGCCAGUGAAGGGAGUCUCGUGGCCCGCAUCCCUCGAAGGACUUGAAUUUCGUUGUGCGUUUAACCAGCCAAUGGACGAAGCAGUGUGGCCGGCGUCUCUACGGGAGCUGUUGUUCAGUUGGAGGUUCAAUCAAUCGAUUCAGGGGGGUGUACUGCCUACCUCACUGCGACGCCUUUGUUUUAAGUAUGAUUUCAACCAGAGGAUCGACGGCAACACGUUGCCCCCAUCGCUGGUGCAUCUGGAUCUAGGUCGUGCCUUCAACCAGCCUGUCAACAAAGUCUCGUGGCCGCCGUCUCUGGAGGAAAUCGUCUUCGGUCGGCAGUUUAACCAGCCAGUGGACGAAGUAGUGUGGCCGGCGUCGCUACACGUGCUAGAGUUUGUUUUGGGCACGCUGGCACUAAGCGGAUCCAGAGACGGAACGUUUGACCAGCCCAUCCACAGCGUCGCGUGGUCCACGCGACUGCAGCAUCUGAGGCUUGGCGGCAAGUUCAAUCAGCCUAUUGUAGAAGUGAUGUGGCCACGCUCUCUGCAGACGCUCACACUCGAUGGAUUAUUCAACCAGCCGGUCCACCAAGUCGUCUGGUCGUCUUCGUUGCGCCAGUUGAAGCUUGGCGGUUCAUUCAACCAGCCGAUUAGCCAAGUCAAGUGGCCGGCCUCGCUAGAGCGCCUCCAACUCGGUGCCGACUAUGGGCUGUUUGAUCAGCCCAUCGACGGUGUCACGUGGUCAACAUCCUUGCGUUGGAUCGUUUUCGGAAUGGCAUUCGACCGCCCAAUGGGCAAUGUCGUUUGGCCGGCGUCGUUGCGGGGGCUGGUAUUGCCCUCCCACUGCGACAGGGCACUAGCAGGAUGGCCUCACGUAGAGGUGGUCCUCGUUGAUGCCUCCUUUGAUGGUGGUGGAGACUAUGUUGACUAUUUCAAUGCUAUUGCGGGUGCGGGUUUCCUGUGGCCAGGACAAAGCUACUAAAUAAUGUUGGAGAACACAAGGUUUGGUUGGAGUCCCUGGUACCUGCAGUAGUACAGUUGGGGUCGAGGCAUGGUUUUUGAGAUUGUUGGCGGGCACCAGUGACGGUCAUGUUAUCUUCAGUGUCGCUCAUACGUUCUUGUGCCAUGUCCCCCUAACUGAUUACAACGCGUAGAAAAAGUCUCAGAUACAAGUACCCUGUUCAGUGCGCACAACAACACUGAAGGUGGAUGCAGACCUCCUACGUGAAGUAGUAACCGCCCCCUGCUUGUGUGCGUCAGCAAGACGCAUUGGGGGUGAGUUUCGUUGUGGCGGGGUGCCAUUGAGUUGUUGGUUUUCUCCCCUUUCUCCUGACGUGGGUGAGCUGCAACGUAGCGUGUACUGCAAGUACAUUUUUGGGGCAGCGAAUCGAAAUGGAUCCCACGGUGUGUAUUUGUAUAGUUGAUGGAAAACGUGGUGUCGUAUGGGGCCAAGUGUGACGGACCAGACGGCGAAAUGACGAGAGGGAGGGAGGAGCUCCUCCCACUAUAACAAUGCGACCACGGCGUUAAACCAGAACUACCACUGCCAGUGUUGUC